AUGUCUGCGUUUGGUUACUACAUGGCAGCGUCAGGCGCCCAGACACCUACCACUACCAACGAUGAGCAUGAUACAACUUUCGUCCACAACUCGUCUGCCGUCCACAACUCGUCUGCCGUCCACAACUCGACUGCCGUGAACAGCUUCGCUCCCAUCACCGACUCUACUGUCAACAGCGCCAAUCCCACACAGAGCAAAAAGUACUUCUGUAAGCAUCAUGUUCACGUUCGAUCUCCAUCGAUCGCUAACCACAUACAUAUGAAGGUUCCUACAAAAGACAUGGCUACAAUGACUCCCACGACACUAAAGACUGUCGGAAUGCGCCACAUACUGUUCUCGGUUGCAAAGCAGGUCGUGGACAAGGCAGACAAAACAAGAAAGGCCAAGCAGCAGGGGAGCCACUGGGCUAGCUACAACAACCUCGAGUUGAAGAUGGAGGUCGAAGAGUUGAAGAAGAAGUUGGAAGACGCCAAGCAGGAGAUGAGAAAACGCGGAAUCAGAUGA